GUCCUAACACAAUCUGUGGUUCUUGAUAAACCAACAUGGCGCUGAACUUAAGUGUCAAGAUUCACCCGGUAGUUUUAUUCCAAAUUGUAGAUGCUUAUGAGCGUCGAAAUGCGGAUUCACACAGAGUUAUUGGUACCUUAUUGGGCACCUGUGACAAGGGCGUCGUGGAAGUGACAAAUUGCUUCUGUGUGCCACACAAGGAACAUGCCGACCAGGUGGAGGCUGAACUCAACUACGCUAUGGACGUGUACGAGCUCAACAGACGCGUUAAUGCCUCAGAAAAUAUUGUUGGGUGGUGGGCGACCGGCAACGAAGUGACGAACCACUCGUCCGUGAUCCACGAGUACUACGCGCGCGAGUGCCGCUCGCCGGUGCACGUGACGCUGGACACGUCGCUGGCGGGCGCGCGCAUGGGGCUGCGCGCCUACGUGUGCGUGGCGCUGGGCGUGCCGCGCGGCAAGCAGGGCUGCAUGUUCACGCCCAUCGACGUCGGCCUCGCCUGCUACGAGCCCGAGAUCGUGGGGCUGAACCUGUGCCAGAAGACGAUGGGAGGCGGCGGGCGCUCGCGGCAGGUGCAGCCCAUGCUGGACCUGGCGCAGGUGGCCGAGGCCGCCUCCAAGCUGUCGGGCCUCCUCGACCAGGUGGUGUCGCACGUGGAGGAGGUGCUGGCGGAGCGGACGGAGGGGCAGGCGGCGGCGGGCCGCGCGCUGCUGGAGCUCGUCAACUCCGUGCCCAGCCUCGCCGCAGACACCUUCGCCGACGCCUUCGCCUCCAGCGUCAAGGACCUGCUCAUGGUGGUGACUCUGGCGCAGCUCAUUAAGACACAGCUGCAGCUCAACGAGAAGCUCACUCUGCUCACGUCGCAGUGAGCCGCAGCGCCGGUCGACACCUCACCUCUCAUACAAUAAACAUAUUUCUACUAAA